AUGGGUUGCGGACAAAGUAAAGAUAACAGCAUUGAUAAACAAAUUGUUGAAAUGGCUAAAAGUAAACCAAUUACUGUUAUGUUACUUGGUAGUGGAGAAAGUGGUAAAUCAACUAUUGCAAAACAAUUAAAAAUUUUAUUUGGAGGAGGAUUCCCAGAACAAGAAAGAGCUACUCAUAAAUCUUCUAUUUGUAGUAAUGUUGUUACUUGUAUGAGAACAUUAAUUGAACAAUCAGCUAUUUUAAAUCAUCCAAUGAAAUACCAACCUAAAAGUAAAGAAUUUACUACAGAAGACCCUGUUACUCUUCCAUUUUCACCAGAACUUGUUGGUGAUGUUGAAGCACUUUGGGCAGAUGAAGGAAUUCAAGCUACAUAUGAAGAAUCUGCUAAAUUCCAACUUCCAGAUUGUGCUAAAUAUUUAUUUGAAAAUGUUAAAAGAAUUGCAAUGGAAGAUUAUGUACCAACAGAAGAAGAUUUAAUUCAUAAUAGAACUAAAACUACUGGUAUUCAUGAAUAUGAUUUUGUUGUUAAAGAUAUUCCAUUCCAUCUUAUUGAUGUUGGAGGACAAAGAUCUGAACGUAAGAAAUGGGUAUCAUUCUUUAGUGAUGUAGAUUGUGCUAUUUUUGUUACAUCACUUGCUGAAUAUGAUAUGAAAUUAUAUGAAGAUGGUAAUACCUCUAGAUUAACUGAAUCUAUUGCUGUCUUUAAAGAUAUUAUGACAAAUGAAUUUUUAAAAGGUGCUGUUAAAUUAAUUUUCUUAAAUAAAAUGGAUCUUUUUGAAGAAAAAUUAACUAAAGUUCCAUUAAAUACAAUUUUCCCUGAAUAUACUGGAGGAGAUAAUGCUGUAAUGGGUGCACAAUAUAUUCAACAAUUAUUUACUGGAAAGUUACAAACUGAAGAAAUGAAUAUUUCUGGUGCUGAUGGAACUGCAAACAUUGAGGGAGCAGUAAAUGAGAAAGUAUAUACAAACCCAACAAAUGCAACUGAUGGUUCAAAUAUCAAAAGAGUAUUUAUGUUGGCUGUUGAUGUUAUAAUGAAGAAUAUGGCUGCUAAUGGUAAAAUGAGACCGACCAAGUAAAUAUUUUGAUGUUAUACAAAUUUUUAUUUGGUUA